AUGGACGAGCAAUAUUCACUUGAGACCCUCCCACCAACACUCUUAAAUCACAUCACAAGUCACUUGUCGCCACAAGAUGUUCUCUCCAUGUCGUUGACAUGUAAGAAAUUUAGUUUAUUGAUAAGCGAUGUGACGUAUUGGCACACGAAGUUGGGGUAUACCUGCGAAGACCCUCUCCAAAGUCUGUCUCAGUACCAACAAGACUUUAUAGUCAUUUCGCAAUAUGAACAAUCGAAUGCUCCUCACCCGACACGCCAUACCGUCCAUAACCGACCCUUUAAAAAAAUAGUGUGGAUCUUACUCAAUAUCUUACUUAACAUCUCCUUUGAUUACAUCACAUUCUUCUGUGAUGUCAUCUUCAUAGCUCUUUUAGUGAUACACUUAGACCGAAUAUCGACCAUCAAUAUAGUCAUUCCAAUGGCUUUCUUGUCCUUCUCGAUAGUCACUCGAGCACUUUUCCCCUAUUUGGCAUUCAUAUGUAUCUAUUACGUCUAUGGGACGGAUUUCGAUUUGACAUUUCUUCCACAACAGAACGUUUCCUUGUUACUCAUCGGCUCAAUCUAUAGCUUCGCGUCACAGUACAUUGGUGUUGCGUCAUUCUUUAAUAUACUUGUCAUCAUCGACUUCUUCCUCUUCUUCUUAUUUAUCGUUGGGAAGAUGUCGUUUGUCUUUGUCGUCAUUCCCAUCUUCUUCAAUUUCGUCCUCUCCGUGUUCUCGUGCGCCAAUUUCUCAUUCCUUCCAAAGUACACGCGCACAAAAUGGUCGCUGACAAAACUGAUUUACUUCAUGUUCCCGUCGUGUUGCGUAUUGACGUUAUUUAUGCUGUUAACACUUUCAUUACUCUUCGACAUCGACUUCCCUAACAAAUACGCGUUUAUUCCUAUUUACGUGUUACAAUUCUAUUUGCUCUUCAUUUGUUUAUUCGCGUUUCUUUAUUUGAAAUGCUUCGAAUCAAAAUUGGUGGUAUCCGACGUUCCCGGCUUCAGACAUCUCUUCCCUUGUUUCGAGAAGAAGACCACAUCUGAAGCUCUUUUUAUACUCAAACUUGUGUUUCUCUUCCUCGUGUUUUUCUCGGUUCCAUUGCUCGCUUUUGUUGCGUUGUUGUCUCUCAAAUUGGAUGGGCGGAUAGACACGCGGUUUUGGGUGAUCUUCAUUCCAAUCUAUUUCAUGGUCUUUUGUAUGAUAUGUAUCACUAUUUCUACUCACGUCGGGUGCUGUAUCACACAUGGCUUCCUCAGAAAUUCACAGUAUGAGUUGGAGUCCAACAACACACUCGUGAACAACAAGCACUCCCAGCAACUUUCUCUAUCGCAUGGAGUCAGAAUAGAACUCAAGUCGAAUUAG